CCCUCCCCAUGUCGGUGUCGGGUAGGACAUCACCGAACCCUCUGCGGCAGAGGCGCACACCUGCCUCGCGCUCGUCUGGCUACAGUGAAAUCGACCAAGAUGAAGACCAGGUUGAAUUCACGAAUCCACGGAAUCGCAGCACAGUCGAGCGAUUCUUGGAAACAGAACGCGCAAGUAUGGCCAUGCUUGCGUUGCUCACUUUCUUCGCAUUUGCCCUCCGGUUCUACAAGAUCAACCACCCAGAUCAAGUAGUAUUUGACGAGGUUCACUUUGGAAAAUUCGCGUCGUAUUACAUCAAGCGACAGUAUUACUUCGAUGUGCAUCCACCACUUGCGAAGAUGCUGUUCGGCCUCGCCGGGUGGUUCGUUGGCUACGAUGGUCAUUUCCUCUUCGACAACAUAGGAGACAGCUACACCGAGAAUCACGUUCCAUAUGUUGGAAUGCGUGCUCUCCCUGCGUUCUUGUCGAGUAUGACGGUGCCAAUUGUCUAUUCCAUCAUGAAAGAGUGUGGAUAUUCCACCAUCGUGGCUGCAUUCUCUGCCUGCAUUGUUCUUUUCGACAGUGCUCACAUUGCGCAGGGGCGCCUGAUUCUGCUUGAUGCUAUCCUCAUAUUCUUCAUGUCGCUCACUCUGUAUUCAUAUAUCCGUUUCCGGAAAUUGCGAUAUCUUGAGUUCUCACCGGAGUGGUGGGGCUGGCUGCUUGCUACAGGGACGUUUAUGGCCUGUACAUGGGCAUCGAAAGUUAACGGUAUCCUCACCGUCAUUGCCAUUGGUAUCCCAGUCAUGGUUGAUCUGUGGGAUAUUCUGGACAUAAAGAAGGGCCACAGCAUGGAAUACUUCACGAAACAUUUUCUUGCAAGAGCUGUGGGAUUGAUUGUGCUUCCUCUCUUCUUGUAUCUUAUGGUGUUCUACGUCCACCUGUCAAUCUUGACGAACACUGGCCCCGGGGAUACAUUCAUGAGCCCCGCAUUCCAGGAAACCCUUAGAGGCAACGAGAUGCUCUUGAAUAGCCAAGAGUUACGAUACUACGACACCGUCUCGAUCAGACACAAAGAUACGAGGGUGUAUCUUCACUCGCAUCCAGAGCUUUAUCCUCUGAAAUAUGAAGACGGACGCAUCAGUAGCCAAGGUCAACAGGUAACAGGAUACGGGCAUGAAGAUUCCAACAAUCACUGGCAAAUUAUCCCCACUAAGGCACUCCCCGACACUGGGCGGGGGCGCAUCGUGCGACACGACGACGUUAUCCAGCUGCUGCACGUGAAUACGCAGACUUACCUCCUCACGCACGACGUAGCUUCGCCCCUGAUGCCUACGAAUGAAGAAUUCACGACUUGGCCUAAGGACGAUUAUUCGCGUCAUAACGACACCCUCUUUGCAUUGCGCCUCGUCGAUGGACAGGAGGGCGAAGCAUGGAAGAGCAAGUCGGGUCACUUCAGGCUGAUUCAUUUAGCGACCAAGGUCGCCAUGUGGACGCACACAAAGCAGUUGCCCGAGUGGGCCUUCAGUCAGCAGGAGAUUAAUGGUAUUAAGACGACUAACGACAAGUCCACCAUUUGGUUUGUUGACACUAUCGUCGAUGAAGAAACUGGUGAAGAUGCCUUGCAGCGCACCAACAUCGCGCCGAAGGAGCCUAAGAAGAGGAGCUUCUUCAAAAAGUUUGCUGAACUGCAGCUCCUGAUGCUGCAGCACAAUGCUGGCCUCACGGCGUCUCACCCAUAUGCCAGCAACCCCAUCAACUGGCCGUUCCUUAUCAGCGGUAUUAGCUUCUGGACGGACGGUGACAACCAGAAGCAGAUCUACCUCAUCGGCAACAUCGUGGGCUGGUGGGCAUGUGUGAUAGCUCUCUCGACUUAUGCAGGUAUCAUUGGCGCCGACCUCAUUGCGCGUCGUCGUGGUAUCGAGCCAAUCUCAGAUCAGGUCCGCAACCGACUCUGGAACUCAACUGGCUUUUUCCUCGUCGUAUGGGCCGUGCAUUACUUCCCUUUUUAUCUCAUGAGCCGACAACUCUUCAUCCAUCAUUACCUUCCCUCUCAUCUUGCGUCGGCGCUGGUUGCCGGCUCUGUACUGAGCUUUGUGCUCUCCGAGACCAUCAAUUAUCCUAUAUCCGCACGCGGCCCGUCGAUGAUACACCCAAAACCACGCACCUAUGCUGACCUGGGUCUCAAAGGCCCCAUCGUUGUCGGGGUGUUUGCCCUAGCCAUGUUCUUGAUGUUCCUCUUCCUCGCACCAUUGACAUAUGGAACGCCAGGGCUGGAUGGUGACCAGGUCAACAGCCGAAGACUGCUUUCUUCCUGGACCCUCCAUUUUGCUGCAAAACCGACCGGAGAGUUCUAGGAAUGCCCAUAAGGUCGUAAUUCUAAGCUUUCGGAUCCAUCUCUGUACUUGCUGCAUCGUUAUGUCCGCGUACUAUUGUAACCUACCAGUUUUCUAUACCAUAUACAUGCUUUCGCCGCUCAA